UUUGCAUGCGCAGUGUAAUUGACAUAUGCGGCUCAUAUACGUAUCCCAAUGCUUGCACAAAAUAAUUAAUUACUCAUUACACAUUAGUUAUCAUUAAUAAUUAAUUAACUUCAAUAUGCUUCAAAUUACAUCAGAGAGCAAAAUUAAUUACCUUCGGAAUAAUUUGACCUUAUCAAACUAUUUUUAAUUUGAUUUUUAUCAAUAACUUGAUUAAAAAUUUUGCUCUGUCUGAUACCUCCUUAUGCCGCUAGAUGCCCGUGCUUAUUAAGAACCACUUAAUACACUUUUCUUAAUUUCCCAAUAUCGGUAAUUCAGUUCAUCGAAAAUAAAAUCCCAUAAGACGAUGCAUCUAUUCUGUUACUCUUCUAUGAUGUGAUGACGCCUUUCAGUGAAAUUAACCUCUUGUUCCCUGAUACGAUAGGUUAAGUUUUUUUUAUCUUUUUUAGAGAGAAGCAGGAAAAGAAUUAAAAUUAUGCAUCUAUCCAAACAAUUUCUACUACUUGAAUUAUCCCGAAAGUUUCUUAGAGAAUUCCAGUCGAUGAAGAGUAUUCGUAAACGUAGUUAGUGUAUUGAGGUAUCGUCGUCGUUGUUUUGCGUACAAUUGUACACGAAGAAUUAUUUUCCUCGUUAAUUGCAUAUCAAGGAAGAUGUUGACGCGACACGAUAUAAUUACGGAAAGUCCUCGCGUUGAGGCUAUACCGAUAAAUCUUGUUACUACCGAGGAUGGUAGAACGCUUUUGGCAGUGACAGAACACAAGGACGGUAUGAUGGAAAUCGUUGCGACUCCUGUUACGCUUAUUGGUCAAAACGGAUCACCUGCGUCGUUGAUCGAUGUAAAAAAUUUUAAUGAAAACCUUAUAUUGCAUUCUCCUAUUUUUCAACUGAACAUAGAAGAUAUCGUUGAUGGAUCAGAAUUGCAACAGCCUGCAGAAGAUAUUGAACCUGAUGCAAUUACCACUGAACAGUUCAAAUCUCAAGUAUGCACAGAGGUAAAGAGAACACCCACGAACCAAGAGUACCAGUGUCCUCCGCAGAAUGAUUUGUUAAUUAGUAAAUGUGAUGAGACUGCUGUACAAAAACCGGUGAGCACAGACUUAAAAAGGAACAGCCCUGGAAGACCCAAGAAGAACUCAGCUGGUUCUUUACAGGGGACAGGCAGUUUAAAAUGUGACAUUUGCCAUCAAGAAUUCGUUAAACGGACAUUGUAUCGAAAACACAUGGAAAAUCAUGCAGAAGAGAAACCACACAGAUGCCCAAAGUGCUCUGCAUCCUUUAAUGUUCCGACUAAUUUCACUCUUCACAUGGCGACUCACAAUACGGGUGAACCAAAAUGUCCAGAAUGUGGGAAGAAGUUUACAAGGAUGGCUAGUUUGAAGUCUCAUAUGUUGCUGCAUGAGAAAGAGGAGAAUUUGUUUUGUACCGAAUGUGAAGAUGCAUUUUCAACUAAAGCUCAGUUGGAUGCGCAUCUGAAGCUUCACGGAGAAAAAUGGGCAACAGAAGAAGUACGAAAGUGUAAGCUAUGCAAUAAACAGUUUGGUCAACCGGCUUUGUACAGGCUCCACAUCCGUGAACAUUACAGGUUGCAGACAAAAGUGGUAAAGCAGACAAAGAGAGGAACGAAACAUAAAACGGUGUACAAAUGUACAAUAUGUUUAAAGUCUUUCCAAAAACCCAGUCAGUUAAUGCGCCAUAUCAGAGUACACACCGGCGAAAAACCGUUCAAGUGUACCGUGUGCAGUCGUGCAUUCACUCAGAAAAGUUCUCUGCAAAUUCAUAUGUGGCAGCACAACGGUAUUCGACCACAUGCUUGCGAGCUUUGCAAUGCCAAAUUCAGUCAAAAAGGUAAUUUAAACGCCCACAUAACAAGAGUUCAUAACGUACCAGAGGGAGAGCCAAUAUAUGGAUGCAACUACUGUUCCUGCAUCUUCAAAAAGCUAGGCAGUUUAAACGGCCACAUGAAGCGCAUGCAUGCCGACAUAGACGAGGAAGGAGUCGCCACUACUGAUCGCUCCGACACCGUAGAGUCCGACAUACGAGCAACCGUAGACAGCGUCAUAACUCAGUUGGCAUCUUUAGAAGCCACCACGGAGGAAGCUGAGAAAUCAAACGACAAAUCGAACUCAUCUGUUGGAACGAAGAAAGAUAUUCUGCAAGAGGCUCUGAAGAAUAGUGGUCUCCCUAGCAAAAAUAAAACUGCGAACGAAGGUACGGAAACGAAGAAACUUGGGGCGCGCACUAAUUUUGUGACGUUGCUGGACCGAGCGGCUGACGGUGGCACCAGAAAAUAUUUGACUAUCAAACAACGGUGCGUGGGGAACAUAAGAUGGUAUGCGUGCACCUUCUGCCACAAGGAGUUCAAGAAGUCGUCGGAUCUGAUACGACAUCUACGUGUACAUACACAAGAGAAACCUUUCAAGUGUACCCAUUGUUAUCGUUCGUUCGCUCUGAAAUCCACCAUGAUAGCACACGAGCGCACUCAUUCUGGCACGAAACGAUACGCUUGCGACUCUUGCGACAAAUCAUUCGCGUGUCAUGGAAGUUUGAUUGGCCAUACUAGAUUACACGCAGAAGCUAAGAACGACUGUAAUAAGAUGGCUGACGACGACAAGAAUCGUACGAAAGUUCAAACUAAAAAACCGAAGUUGUCGCCUGAGGCGGAGAGCUUGGUGGGUCAGGUGGUGUUGCAGGAACCUUUGGUGAUCAGUGAUGCUGGGAAUAAAAUUUGCGUGGCGCAGAUAGCUUCGAAGGAGAAACGCUAUGACGCGAGUACUGAUCCGGCUAGACCGCAUAAGUGUUGGGUUUGUCAGGCUGCUUUUAGGAAGAUCAGUCACUUGAAGCAGCAUCAUCGUCGUCACACGGGUGAACGACCUUAUGAGUGCACAAAGUGCGACAGGAGGUUCACCUCAAACAGUGUGUUAAAGUCGCAUCUACACACACAUGAGGAUUGGAGACCCUACGGUUGUCCCACAUGUGAUGCAAAGUUCUCUACUCAAAGCAGCAUGAAGAGGCAUCUGGUUACUCACAGUAACAAAAGACCGUUCAUGUGUCCAUAUUGUCACAAGACUUUCAAAACUUAUGUUAAUUGUCGGAAACACAUGAAGAUACAUAAACACGAAUUAGCACAACGGCAGUUGGAGCAACAGAAAAUGCAAGAACAGUCGAACCAGUCGGUAUUGAAGGAAGGUUCCAAAGAAACGAUCCUUGAGUCGAGUACUUUUCCUAAUGCUACUAGUACAAACGACGUUAAUGCACCUAUUGUUACAACGUCCGCUCCAACGUUCACGGACAAUCUCACCUUUUCUCGCCUUGGAACGGUUGAGAUAUCUUUUCAGUCGCAGCUCGGUUCUGAUUUUUCGCAAACUUUCACCGAGCAGGAUAAGACGAGACCACUUUUAUCUGGAAACUGUGAACCUUCAACUUUUAUUAAUCAUAAUGUGUCGGAGACUGUGAUGGCGAACCUUGAGAACUCACAGAUGUUGCAUGCUGAUGAGACUGGGUCUGUUACUUUGCCAGUUUAUCCUGGUGAUCAAGCACUCACACCGGAGAGCAUACGAGAAAUAGAGGAGACGUUGAACCAACAGUUUUUCAACAUAGGAAUGAACAUAACUCUAGGAAAUAAUUCUAGAAAUUCUAACGACGUGAGCACGAAUGAUUUUGAUAGUACAAAGCAGCAGCGACAAACCGUGUUGAAUGUCAUGUAUGAGAAUAAUGGUAAUGACACUAGUAACAACACUAACAAUAAUAAUGACGGUGGUAACAACGGUGUGGAACCAUCAGCAGAACGUGUAUUCUCUUCGCAGUUGGAUUCGUUCGAGAUUGAUCAUAUCGCGUUGCAAUCGGACACUGAAAUCGAUAUUGGAUUGGACACGAACGACUCAACGAGUAUGACAAAUAUACUACCCAGAACUGUAAAAGAGGAUCGUCUUUCCGAAGUCGAUCAAUCAGUGAAGUCCAGGGUGAUGGUCAUUUCUCAGGAAAAGAAUCCAAGGAAAGAAGUAAACGAAUUGGAAGCUGAAGAAGCCAUUCAAAAGCAAAGCUCACUGCUCUUGGUAGAAGAUUUCCGGGGAACAGAAGAGAAGAAUCAGAAAGUACACACAUCAGGUUUUGCGGAAAUUGUCAACGGCAAAAUGCAGAGGGAAUCUUCGCUGCAAUGUCACAUGUGUAAUCAACGAGGAUUCACAGCGAGUGGAUUGAAGGAACAUUUGAAGACCCAUCGCGAAACUAAGGAGUAUCAGUGUACGGAAUGCUCUUCAAAAUUCUGUACGAACGGUGGCCUCAACAGGCAUUCAAAGAUACAUGUUACUAAACAGUCAUGGAAGUGUUCCUCCUGUGACAAAUACUUUGACAACAGAACAGAGCUACAAUCCCACAACGAAAUUCACGAGAUCUCUAUUUGGAACGCCAUAUCAAGGCCACAAAAUACGGAAAGCUCAGAUUUACCGAACGAUUCUUUAACUGACAUCGCGAUGGACACCGACUCCGCAGUUUCCGAAAGAGUCCUACUGGACACCGUAGCAGAAAAAGAAGCGAUGGAUCAAAUAGAAGCAAGCUACACGAACCCAGAGAGAAGGGAACGAAAGGAAUACACGAAUAAGUGCAAAUUCUGUCCAAAAACCUUUCGCAAACCUAGCGACCUCAUAAGACACGUGCGUACACAUACGGGUGAACGACCGUACAAGUGCGAUUUCUGCAACAAAAGCUUCGCCGUGAAAUGUACUCUGGACUCGCAUACGAAAGUUCACACAGGGAAGAAGACGUUUAGGUGCCACGUUUGUAACAGCAUGUUCGCGACCAAGGGUAGUCUGAAAGUGCACAUGCGGUUGCAUACAGGUUCGAAGCCGUUCAGAUGUCCGGUUUGCGACUCGAGGUUUAGGACAUCAGGUCACAGGAAGGUACACUUACUGAAGCACGUGCGCGAGCACAAGGAGCGACCAAAAAGGAAACAGAAGCACAUGAAGGUUGCGGCCAUAGCGGAAAUAGCGGCAGAUUUAGAGAAGCUAGGUAGAACCAUAGGAAAGACUUUCGAAUCCGAUCAGCAGCUCUCUCGACCGUUGGAGACAAUCAGCGUCGAAGCAACCGCCUGUUUGACCGACCAGAUCAACUUCGAGACCGACGUGGACCCUAACAUCGUGCAGAGUAACAAUUCAGUGAUGACCACGAGUGAAGGCAAUCAGUUAGUUACCAAUCUACACUUCCUGCUAACCAACGGACUCGUGACCAUCCAAACCGACGAGUCGUUGUUGUCGCAAUCGACGAUCAACAACGCGUACAAUCGUUCAACUGUGCCUACUGAUUCUAUGUGCGUGCCACUCUGCAUCUCAUCCGGCAUCAACGAGGAUCACACCAAGGAAGAGGCUCGCACGGGACAAGUGUUGAAGGCGCAGUUAUCGUCGGUACAGGUGGAGCCACUACCCAAAGUCCCGCUCGAUAAAUCCCUGCCGACGGGGAGCAAGGCUAGCAAAGGCAACUCGAGGAAAGAGUGUGACGUCUGCGGGAAGACGUUCACGAAGCCGUACCAGGUUGAGAGGCAUAAGAGAAUUCACACGGGCGAGAGACCGUACAAGUGCGACCUCUGCACGAAAUCGUUCGCUCAGAAAUCUACUCUGCAAAUGCAUCAGAAACAUCACACGGGAGACCGGCCGUACGCUUGUCCGUACUGCGAGUACUCCUUCACGCAGAAGGGCAAUCUACGAACGCACGUGAAGCGGGUGCACCAGUUGGAUACGAUCAACGUCAAGAAGUUGAAACGUGGUCGCCAGUAUUUUCUACCUAAGUCUCUUCAGGACAGCGUGGUCGAAACGAAGACCUUGAACUUGGACGACGUACCGUUCGUUGAAUUCCUUAAAUAGCAUACUGUGUAUGAUUGAAUUGGACUUGUAUCGAUUUCGUUACUUCAAUUUAUUGCGGUCAGCUACGAUAGAGACAAUAAAUGAUACGUAUUUAAUA